UUGACAGGUGAAACUCAUGUUGGGGAAGUGUUUGUGAUGUACAGAGGUGAUGUUGAUAAUAUGGACGAUUCUGAUGUUAACAGCGCAAAUGAACUCGUUCUUUCUACGUUUUCAGCAAAUGUUCCUGCAACAGAAGUCAGUAACGGUGGCUCCAAUCGAGUAUCAGCUAUAUUCCUGAUAGUGAAUGCUGCUCUGGGAGCUGGUCUUCUGAAUUUCCCUCAAGCUUUUGACCAGGCUGGUGGAAUAGCAACAGCUGUGGUUGUGCAGGUGGUACUGUUAGUAUGGAUAUUGGGAGCACUGGUGACGCUGGCACACUGUUCAGACGAGACAGGGGCGCGCACACUGCAGGACAUACUGGAGGGUCUGUGUGGAACUCCAGGUCUUAUCGCAUGUUGCCUCUGCGUCGCUCUGUACUGCUUUGGCACCUGCCUCACCUUCCUCGUCAUCAUAGGUGAUCAGUUUGACAGAGUAUUUUCGUCACUUCACGGAUCUGACUUCUGCCAUUACUGGUAUAUGAAUCGCAUCUUUACAAUAGUGGCAAGCUCCACAGUGUGUAUUCUUCCAUUUUGUUAUUCCAGGAGGAUUGAUUUUCUCAAAUAUGUCAGCUAUUUGGGUGUGGGAGCUGUCUUUUAUGUUGUGGUGCUCAUAGUGUACCAAAAGUUCGCAGGAGAAUUUACUCCUGGUCCAAUUAAAACUAGUCCAACAGAAUGGACUGAUGUGUUUCUGGUGGUCCCGGUUAUUUGUUUUGGAUACCAGUGUCAUGUCAGUGUGAUACCAAUUUAUUCCUGCCUCCAUGAACGCACCAUAUUUAAUUUUUCAAUAUGUUGUGGAGCAGCUGUCUUUAUUUGUAUGCUGUCAUACACUCUUGCUGGAACAUUUGGAUACCUGACAUUUGGUGCCGAUGUCACAAGUGAUAUUCUGGAGUCUUAUUCGGGAUACCAUCCAUCUGUCCUGAUUGGUAUUACAGCUAUUGCUAUAAAGACAUACACAACUUAUCCAAUACUACUAUUCUGUGGAAGGGAGGCAGUAAACAAAAUAUGGUGUACAUUUUUCUACAACAGUCAGGCCGAUAUUGCAGUUAAAGAACCAAAGAGACGAGUUGUAAUAGCAACAACAUGGUUCAUAUUAACAUUGCUCUUAGCAGUGCUCAUCCCUGAUAUGGGAAUUGUGAUAGAUUGUCUGGGAAGUCUCGCAGCUAUUUUCAUAUUUGUUUUCCCAGGUAUAUGCUGGAUGCAGUCAACAUUACAUAAAGAUCCACUUAUUCUUUUAAAUAAAGACAGGUUUUAUAUAUUUUUGUCUGUAUUGUAUAUACUGACUGGGACAUUUGUAUUUGGAGUAGUUCUAGUGCAGGCAAUUGAAAGAUUCUCAGAAAAAGACCAAUCACCUAUCAGGCUGUGUGUGUAGCCAGUGCAUGUGCAUGCCCUCAAGCACUGGUGUAGGAAACAUCUGUUAUUUAUUUAUACAUUCUUAUUUAUGUGGUUAAGACAACAUUGUGCUUAUUAAAAGUUUCAUUAAUGAUCUCUGAAAACUUUUGACUGCUUGACCAUAAAAUGUGAUUCAUAUUACUUCCAGAUUUUGUUGUUAUUUUAAAAUACUAAGUUAAUUAAUUUGAUAAAUUUACAGAAUGUGCACAUAUUGCUUCAGUAAAUUUAGACUGGUCGUGAUGUUCAGGGAAACUCUAGAGUGGAGUAACCACCUAGGGGAUUACAUUGCAUGCAUUUGAUGACAUCAAAAGUGCGUGUAGGAUAAAUGACAAAUCAUGAUUUCAGUCAUGCUUUGUGAAUGACAGUACUUUCUAUGCUAUUUCAAAUGAUAUUUUGAGUCUGCUAUGUAGAUUUCCACUUUUUAAAUUUCACCCUGUUCUACAAAUGAUCUCUUUUGCACAGAAAGCUUUAUAAGGACAAUUUUAUUUAUUACUUAAAAUGUAAAUAUUAUAUUUAAAUUAAUGAGACUGGUAGUAAUAUUCAGAGAGAAAUAGUUUUGCUGUACGGCUGACAGAACUGUUUCAGUAGUCUUCAAAGAUGAUAUAUGAAAGGGUUGGGGAGAUACCACAAGGUAUAAUAGAAGAUUGAGGAGGAAAGCUUAAAAUGGUGUGACCACAGGCAUUUGAAGGGAAUGGAGGUAGCAAAGAUGCCUGAGAAGAUGAGUGCGAGAAAGAUAAAGGGCAGGAGAUCAGUAGGGAUGACAAAGGACAAAUGGCUAAAAGGAAUGGCAGAAAUCAUCAUGAAGAGAGAAGAGUGGGCUGGACUAGUGACAGAGAAGUGACGGGAAGACCAGAGGUGGGGGCAAGGAUUGGUCCAGGCAGGCUGUGCCCGUGGCAGAUAACUGUGCAUGACGACGACGACAACGACGAUGAUGAUAACUACUCUUUAAUUAGUAACUUUGCAGAUUAGUUUCUAAACCAGUUUGUUGUAAAUGAGAACAAGGGGGUUAGUUCACACUACUCUCUUUCCAUCACAUGAAAUUUAAAGUAAACUGUGUGCUUCUGGGGGACACUGUGUUAAUGUGAACACUAAUUUUUAUUUUUAUCAAGUACACAAUCUGAGGGAGCAUAUUUUAGCUGCAAAAAUGUUGCAUAAGAGGAAGUCUAAAAAUUUUAUGAAAAGUUUGUACAAUAAAGUGAUUUUUCUGGGUUUUAAGACUGACAUAUACACCUUUGAUGGCAUGGUUUUUUACUAGCCAGGGAUUUUUUUUUUUUUGAUAGAUGGUGACCCACUACAGUCAUUAGUUUCUGUUAAUAGAAUGAUGCUGUUGGUGUGGAGAGUAGUCUCAGGUGCAUUGUUAACCUUUCCUGUAUGUGUUUUGUGUGUGUGUGCCAUGGCAGUAGUUUCCCAGAGUGAUGCCAACUUUUUUUUCCUUGCUUUCUUUUUUUCUUUUAUUCCUAUUAAAGUUAACAGGGAUGAUUCUGGAUUUUAGUAACCUCUUUUUGACUAGAAACUUGUCUCACUACAUUAGGAUGAUGUGAACAAGAAUGAGAUAAUUGUGCUAUCACACUAUGGUCUUCUUGGUGGAGGACAUGAUGGUGAACAUGGAGGUUACCAUUUAAAAUUUUUAUCCCUACUUACCACAGACUUUGUGUGGAUUACAUCAUGGUGCAAGCCCAUCUUGUUGAUGUCAUAUUGAUGCCUUAUGUUUUAGAUGUAUGAAGUAUAACUGUUACUGUAGGCAGCCAUGAGAUUAUUUGCAGAGAUUAACAUUAUGUUUUGUGUUUUUGAUGCUGAUGAUAGAUGUGGAAGAGUGUGAAACCAGUUACCUGCUCAUAAUGCACUAUUCUUGAAGAGUGCUUGUAAGGCUGCAGAGCUUGAAAGUCCCUAUUGCUUGGACAGACAACCAUCAAUGCCAUUCCUCUGAGAUACUGCAGUGAAGGUUAGAAUAAAGAACAUGACGUGGGAGCAAAAUGUGAUGUGGAAAUUCAUUUUGCGUUACUUCUUAUCGAUCGCUAGCCUGAUAUUGGUGAUGGAAAUUUAUUCAACAAAGAUAAUUUGAUUCUGCUUUCAUAGUAGAGUGCCAGUGUAAAAUUAUGACUUUAUCUUCAGUGAUACCUAGUAUACAGCUAGGCAAAGGAAGUAUGGCCAAGACAGCUGGCAAAUUUAAACUGCCAUUCCUGGUUUCAUUGAUUUUGUAUUUUAUUUUCAUUCGUCCUCUUAUCUACACAGGCAACUUGGCCAUGUGAUACUGGAAAAGUCUGUUUAUGUACUAGGUGGAUGCACAUAGACUUAUGAUGAGAUAGUCUACAAAACCCAUCACUCAUACAUAUGUACAUUUCAGUGUGUUCAUACUUGUGUUAAAAUACCAAAUUGAGACAAUUCUCUCUCUCUCUCUGCAUUAAGGAAUCAUAUGGCUGCAGCUCUGUUGGUCGUAGGGUUGAAUGGUCAAAAAACAAGAUUAGCUGAAUUUGUGUUUUUCAUUUAAUAACUUUUAUGUAUAAAUUCUGUCAGUAGUUCUAUCAGUUUUAAUCAGUCUUCUGUAAUAUUACUGUAGUAAUAUCACCAAUACUUACAGAUUUUUGAAAUUUCUCUAUUGCUUGUACUUGGUGCUUAUUUUGUGUUUAUCAUGUUGAGCGUUCUUCUUUGUGUUUCAUUUCAUCAUCUUGUAGCAUUUUUGUGGUAUCCUUUAAUGUCGUGAUUCUCUUGGACAAAAUUUUACUGUCAUGACAAUGUAUACUGUGACUAUUCGUGCUUUACUUGGCAUUAAAAUGCUAAAUAACAAAGAAACCUCUGCAUAAAAAGUUCUCCUCUGUUGAGGGUAGGCUCACGAUGGGAAAAGUUCUGAAAACACUGACUGUGCAGUGGUGGAUCUGUCGCAAUGGCUGCCCCAUGCAACUUCGCUACAGAUCAUUCCAUGCAACCUCGCUACAGAUCAUUCACCGUACCUUUGAUGGAAUGCGCAGUGUUUUCACUAUCACCCUACCAACAUUGUUAAAUAUUAAAAAGAUGCACUGUAAUGUACCACUUGCAGUUCAGUACAGCUUGUACUCAUCAGAACAGAAACAACAAUUGAACCCAAUUAAAAUUAAUGAAAGUAUAAGAAAAAAAUUUAUGUUAUGUGACAAGCAUUACUAUUACUCACUUGUGUGGCAGCUGUAAGUUCACGUUUGGCACGAGUGUAUUCUACGAUCAGAAAAUGCAGUCAAAAGCAACAAAAUAUUUUGGGUCUUGCACACUUCGCUGGUUACGCUCAGUGAUGACAUAAAAAGUUUCUUUCUUUGUGAUCUCUUCCCAGUGCUGUGCUCAGUGAGUUGAUCCCAGGAGAUACCCUACCAGCUAACUGCUCAUUGGCUAAUUACUUUUGAAUGAUAGUUAGGAAGAAAGUAGGAUCAUUUAUAUUGGCUUUUGCAGUUUCACAUUUUGAUGUGCAGAGUUAACUGUAGUUAUGAAAAAUCUGUUAACAACAAUGUAGCAGUGAAUCAUAGUUACACAGCUGCCUCUGUUCAAUCACCCUCCUUCCAAAUAAUGUUCGUUAAUAAUCUGGGGCAUUUUUCAUUGUGGUCGUGAGGUCCUUCUCCUGUGCUGGUAGGAAAAACAACAGCCAUCACUCCCCCCAAGGCUGUCACCUGACUGAUGAUAAUUCCCUCAGGUGACAAGUGUUAAACAGUUGUAAUUUUAGCUGGAGCCUUGCUAGUGAUGGUAGCUCCAUCUGCUAAUGCAGCAUUGCUGGUGCCCUGUGGUAUUGCCACACUAACACCAGCUCUGUGCCUCACUGUAAACUCACUAGUGACAGACAGUGAAUUGUUCUGUAGCUUUAGUUCCGUAACACUGCACUACUGAGAAGCAUCCUAGUCACUUGUUUCUGCACACUGCUCUUCUGCCAGAAAUUAAUUCCUUUUGUGGUCCAUGUUGAUACAAAAUUUUAAUGCUUUACAGAAAUAUGUUAUUACAGUCACAUUUAAUUUUAUUAAGCUGUUGUAGGGGUCUCGAAAAACAAUUAUAACAUUUUAAUUUUGCUUUCCAAUACUUUUGCUAACGACAUGUCUUCUUAGGUCAAGUGAGGAUCUUGCAUCUUUUGCUGUAUGUUGCAGGAAAAAGUUUGAAAACAUUAGUCUUGGUACAUACUAAGCUUUUGAACAAAUUUGCAUCAAUCUAAGGCACAAAUGUUAGUCUCAUCUGAAGCAUCUACAAAAAGUUGUUAGAUGUGUUUACUAUUUCUGAGGGGGCGGGGGUGGAGAGGGGGGGUUGUCACAUUGUUUUCUUGUGUUUGUGUUAUAUUUUUACGUUCUGUUUUUGCCUUUUCUUCUUCUUCUGUUUUAUUUUAAUAAUGUUGAACAUGGCUUUUGUUGGGCUAUAUAAGUAUUCAUCAUUAUGCAUUCUUUUUGCAUAUCUCAUUACGUUUUUAAUAUUUUGGAAUAUUUUUCACAGGAAAUGGAGAAUUCGGAUUUGGAUAUUUUUUGUUGCUCACAUUUUGUGCGUCUCCUGGCACAAAACUCUUACUCCACCUGUGAUCCAGCUGUUAAUUAUAGAACUGAUAAUUAUUGUUGUUCACUCCAAAGGCUUGUUUUGAUGCAGCUGUCCAUUAUACUGUGUCCUGUUCAAUAAUCACCACCACCACCACCACCACCACCACCACCACCACCAUCUCCAAGUAACUACUGCAACCUUCAUCCUUCUGAAUCUGCUUGCUGUAUUCAUCUCUUGGUCAUCCUCUACAAUUUUUACCCCUCACACUUCCCUCGAAGGCUAAAUUGGUGAUCCAUUGAUGUCUCAGAAUGUGUCCUGUCAACCAAUCCCUUCUUGUCAGGUUGUGUCACAAAUUUCUUUUCUCUCCAGUUGUAUUCAGUAACUCCUCAGUACUUAGGUGAUCAACACAUCUAAUCUUCAUCAUUCUUCUGUGGCACCACAUUUCAGUUGCAUUUCCAUACAAAUACUUCAGUGGAAAAGCAAUUUGGAGCUGGUGGUCACCUGGAGGUACUCUGUUGUAUUGUUUCCAGGAUUUAUACUCAUAAUAUGAAGCCAGUUUGUGAACCCUAAUAGGUCUAGUUUAACAUUGAAAAAUAUUGUGCGCAGGCUGCAAAGUGAGACAUUGCCUGCAGCUUUCGCAACAUAUGUUUUUGGCUCUAUGUGAGGUGACGUAGCUGUUAAGACACUUUAGUACUCCUGUGGGAAUAAUGUGGCAUGUGGCCCUGCUGUAUGUUUUUUUUAGAUCACUUGAGGUGACUUCCGAAGGAGUCCUUCAGCUGCGUGAGGCUGUUUCUUUUUACCAGCAUCCUCUAAUUGUUUUAUUAUUAUGUUAUUAUUGUUUUAUUAUUAUGUAUCAUUUUCCACGUGUUAUAUAAUUUUUUGAUUGUGUUACUUCAACUUAACUGUUUUGAUAGAUUCCUUUUGUUUUGAGAAUUUUUUCCAUCCUUUUUGUGGCUACCUGUUGCCAGCUAGCUUCAUAAUAUUUUCCUAAAAGCCAUCUUAUCACUAUUUAUCAUUGCAGCUCUGUGACAUAUCGGUUACCUUUUUUCUGACAGUAUUUUAUAAUCAUCAUAGUAUUUCAAUAUUUGUUGUUCCCCAUCCAUUGCUCUUUGUUCCUGUUCAUCCUGUAAAAUGGGUGGCUUUCAACUGAGGUGUAAAAUGACUUGUGCUCUAGUUUUUCCUUUGUAGCUUUUUAUUGUUGUUACCAAAAGAAUGUCAUUGAAUUUUCUUAGUUGUCAUUUUAGCAAUGAAUACCAAUAUUUUGUUAUCUUUAGUCUAAUUAAGUACGUUAUUCCGUAUUGCAGUAUGUUUUAUUUGAUGGCCCACUAGAUUGUCAAAUUAGAAAAUGAAAUGUCUGUAUAUGAUUUAGUUUACGACAGUAAGAGGUCACCAACAUAACACUACUGUUUCAGAAAGUUGAGUACGUACCUCGAGACAGAGACUCAGAAGCGCAGUUAAACAUAACUGCAAAGUUAUCAAUUUCAAAUUUUAUGUCAUUAGUUGUAAGAUGUAGAAAGGUGCAAAGUGUCCAGUUAUGGAUACCUUUUUUACCAGUUAUACUUAUCUGUACUGUUAAAGAAACUGAUACUAUUGUUUUAUCAUAUUAGUGUAAAAAUAUUUUGUUAUGUAUUAAUGGAAACUGAAUUUUUAUUGCCUGUUCAAUUGUUUAUAGCCACAUUACAUCUCUCCAGACAGUAUGUGCACAUUCUGUGAUGAACUACUUGUAAUGAGAGAAAUGUUAUGAAAGUUACGAAGUUGAUAGUAGGAUGUUAAGCUUGUGUUGAAAAAUUCCCCAUGAGAUUCCAUUCUGUAAGACUUGUGCUGCAUUAUGCAUACACAUGAGACAUAUUUCAUUGUGGUGCUAUUCUGUAUGCUCAUUACAUGUGAUAUCAAGAGGACAGAAAACUAGAUAUUUUUGUAAAGUUCCUAUUUUUGUACACUAAUCUGAAAAUUGAAAAAUUUGUUA